AUGGCCGAUACUCCAUCAACCGUUCCCGACGCCGUUGCGUCAGCCGCCACCGAGCAAACGGCUUCCACUGAGCCCGCCGCCGCGCCAGCCAGCGGUGAGGUCGCUGACGAGGCCAAGACCACCACUGAAGCACCCAAGGAGGAUGCCGAAAAACCGGCCGGUGAGUUUCAUUGUGUUUUCGCGAGCAGAGUAGCGCGCAGCUCGCGCAUCCUGCAGCGAGGUAGUGGCGCCAAGGCAACAGGGCGACCCAUCGCUCACUGGACGCCCCCCCCCCCCCUACCAGUAGACGCGACCAAGACAGAGGACGUCGCCACCACUGCGGCCGACGCCGAGAAAAAGGAGGCUGCUGAGGCCCCGGAGGCUGCACCCGCCGCGGCUGCGACCGAGACGCCCAAUUCGAAGAAGAAUAACAAUCGCCGCAAGUCUGUCGGCGGAGGACUCAGCAGGAAGGGCUCCAAGGCCCGCCUCACGCACACUGACGCCAAACCCGGCGAUCACUUCCUCGUGAAGCUGAAGGGGUUUCCCCCAUGGCCCGUCAUCAUUUGCGACGAGGACAUGCUGCCCCCGGCGCUUACCAGCACUCGCCCCGUUUCUGCCGCCAAAGCCGACGGUAGCUACGCUGACGCGUAUGCAGACGGCGGCAAGCGAGUCCAGGACAGAACGUUUCCUGUCAUGUACCUCUCCACCAAUGAAUUUGGUUGGGCUGCCAACACCACCCUGACUGAGCUUACGGCCGAAAAGGCGAGCAACUCCAUCAACGACAAGAUGCGCAAGGAUCUGCGCGAGGCCUUCGAGCUUGCCGCGGACCAGCACCCAGUCGAGCAUUACAAGGAGGUCCUCGCUAAGUUCGAGGAGGAGCUGAUCGCUCAGCAAAAGGCGUUCGAAGAAGAGGAGGCUGCCAGGAUGGAAGCUGCUGCGACGCCAAAGAAGAGCAAAAAGAGCAAGAAGGCCGACGAUGAGGAUGUCGAGAUGGCCGAUGUUGACUCUGUCAAGCCCAAGUCAAAGAAGCGCAAGGCCGAGGACGAGACUAGCACUCCUCAGCGCUCUGAUUCCGUUAAGAAGCCUAAGAUCAAGCUUAACACGUCUUCGACACCCAAGGCCAACGGAACCCCGAGCAAGAAGGCUGAAUCUGCCGUCAAGACCAAGGCCGAUAAGAAGGCUAAGGAUGUCAAGAAGGCAAAAGAACCUAAGAUGACUCCCGAGGAGAAACGCGAGCGCAAGCAGCGCGAGGUCUUCUUCCUCCGCCACAAGCUUCAAAAGGGCCUCUUGUCCAAGGACGCACCCCCCGUUGAGUCCGAGAUGAAGUCCAUGUCCGAGUAUCUAACUGCUCUCGAGAAUUUCACGGACCUUGAAGCUUCGAUUAUCCGCGAGACCAAGAUUAACAAGGUGCUCAAGGCCAUCCUCAAGAUGGAGAGCAUUCCUAGCGAAGAGGAGUUCACCUUCAAGAAGAGGUCUCAGGGCCUGCUGGACAAGUGGAACAAGCUGCUCGCCAGCGCCGCUGCAGCAGCGCCAGCCGGCAACACCAAUGGCGUGAACGGCUCUGGGGAAAAGAAGGAUACAAAUGGCGCCACCGAGGGCGCCACCGAGGAAAAGUCAUUGCCUGAGAAGCUCACCGAGGCGAAGGAUGAGGCAGAGCCUGCCGAGCCCGUCAAGGCCGAAGAAAAGGCUCCUGAAGCAAUUGCGGCAGCUACCGACUAA